UUGUGUUUGAAUUCACCAUACAGAUGUCAUUCUUAUGACUACAAUGAUACCGGCGACAUGGUCUGCCGCCUCUCGCAUCACAGCCGCGCCACGCUUACCGAUGUGCUCGACCCCUACCUGGAUGUACCCGAAGCUGCCACCUAUGAACUCUCUUCCUGCUACAAUGUAUCUAUUGAAUGUCGCUCCGGCGAAAUGAUCACCAAAAUACGCACAUCAAAACUGUUCGACGGCAAGGUCUACGCCAAGGGAUCACCCAAAUCCUGCUCGGUGAAUGUGAACAACUCACUCGAAUUCGAUUUCCGUAUGGGCUACAAUGAUUUGGAGUGCAAUGUACGUCAGAGCGCAUAUGGCCGUUACAUGAACGACAUUGUUAUUCAACAUCACGAUAUGAUUGUAACCUCAUCCGAUUUGGGUCUUGCUGUUUCAUGCCAAUACGACCUGACCAACAAAACUGUCUCGAACGAUGUUGAUUUGGGUGUCACUGGUGAAAUCGAAUCUUCACUAAGCGAAGAGAUCAUUAUCGACUCACCAAAUGUUGUUAUGAAGAUCACCUCACGUGAUGGCAGCGAUAUGAAACGCAUUGCCGAGGUUGGUGACCCGUUGGCGCUACGCUUCGAAAUCGUCGAACAAAACAGUCCCUAUGAGAUUUUCGUGCGCGAAUUGGUAGCCAUGGAUGGCACAGACAAUGCCGAGAUCACGCUGAUCGACGCCAACGGCUGUCCCACAGAUCAAUAUAUUAUGGGCGCUAUACAAAAGAUGUCGCACAGCCGCAAGGUGCUCGUCUCACAAUUCGAUGCCUUCAAAUUCCCCUCCUCAGAGGUGGUGCAAUUCCGCGCGCUAGUUACACCCUGCAUACCGCGCUGUGAGCCAGUGAUCUGUGACAACGAGGAUGCUGUUAUGGGCGGCGCCGAUGCAAAAUCGUUAGUGUCGUACGGACGUAGACGGCGUUCGGUGGCAAAUGGAACAGAUGGCGCUGAAUUCCUUUUAAGUACCAUGGCGCAUGCGCAACGUGAGAGACGCGAUGUGAGUAGCAGUAGCAGCAAUCAAAACAAUCACAACGACAACAAAAGUAACAAACAUGCCGCCGACGAUAAUAUACUGCUGGUGCAAUCCAUUCAAAUCACCGAUAAGUUCGGCUUCAAUCAGGAGGAUGCCGAUGUGUUGGGCGCCGAUCAUAAAGUGUACGCCGGCAUUGGCGAUGAUGCGCUCACCUGUCUCAACGGCUAUGGUCUAAUCGUAGCCGGCGCGAUUUUCCUCUUGGCUCAAUUCACUAUCUACAUCAUCUGGAAGACUGUACAGAAACGCUCGAAGAAGGAACGCUACUUGUAUCAGCAUGAUUCUUCAGCGGCUGGCGCUGUCAAUUAUGGCGCUCCACCGAUGGUCUAUGGACAAGCGGCUGUCGCUCAUUGCGGCGGCGUUACUGUAGCUUCGCACUCAGCUAGCAGCAAUGCAAGCGAUACGCUGGGCAAGCUCUACGAUAGCGGCAUGACGGGACGUUAUGGACAGCAAUAUUGAAAGUAAUUGAACGCUUGAUUGCUUAAUUGGCUGGUGGAAGAAAUAAAAAAGUAUUCUACAAAAUUAAACUAAAUACUAUAACAAAUUGACAGUGAAAACUAUACAGACGUAAACACAAACAAUUAAAGCACCGCCACAUAGAGAAACAAGUAAAGACACCCAUACACGCAUACACACAAAAUUCACAAGAUUUUCGAGGCUUAGGCGUUAGUUGUCCUUAUUUAUAAUAGGUUUCGUUUUUUACUUUAAUACGUAACGAAAUUUAGCAAACAAAAACUGCAGCAAAAUAUACGAAGCGUAAGGCCUAUGCGCUGCCGCGUAUUUUUUUUUUAUCCAGUAGUAUAGUAUGCAAAAUAGUAUAGUUUUAUACGAAAGCAAAAAUAUUAAAAUCUUUUACUUUUCUUACUUUGAAAAAGGGAUUAUCUAAUCAGAACAAUGAAGUCAAAAGAAAAAUUUCAGUUAUCAUUUGAUUGCUUUCAUUUAGCAAAUUCUAUGGAUAUUUCGAUAUUAGUAAACAUUUAGCCUAGCUUAGCUCUUAGAAAAUAACUAAAUAUAUUUUAUUUAAAUUAGUAUUAGUAAAGGAGGGUGCAAAUAAUUUGACUAUAUGUAGUAAAAUGCCGCUUCUAACGGUGAUUUUAGUCGGCCGAUAGUAAACCAACUGACCCUCAAUUAACUAGCGACUAUUUUUUUUUUUUAAUGAAGUAGACUAUACUAAAAACUAAUGAACCGUUUGACUGAAGACUAUACAUAUACAUACAUAUAUAUAAACAAAAUCUACGAGGUAGUUGGCUGCAGUCGUAAAGUCGUAAGCUAAAAUUACUGUUUAGGACUGCGCAUUAUGUGAGUAAAGUUAGAGAGAAAAUUGCUAAAAUAAUUUCUAUGCUAACGACAGACAUAAAAAAUGAAAAAUUUAGUUAAACGCAAACUAGUUAAGUUAAUAAUUCAUCCAAAAGUGCAUAUAAAAAUAUUUAUGAGCUAUUAAAUAUUAAAAUAAAACUAAAAAUAAAAACAUAAAAUCCUAUUACACUAAACCGUUAACAAGCUAGCUUGUAACUUUUCAUAUUUAUUUACUUUAUAUUUGUGCUGUAAAACUGCACAAACAAAAAUACGCCAACGGCAAAACCCACAACUGCACUACCACAUGAGUAUGUAUGUAUGACUGUAUGUACAUGAGGUCGGGUCAUCUUUUAAUUUUUUACUAUGCGCUUAUAGGAAAGGAGUUAUCUACAUGUAAUGCUAACUAAAUUUUCCGAAAAAAACAUUGGUCUAAAAUCACUUUGAAGUACGCCAAAUUGCUAAAAUAGGUUUCGAGGAAAGUGUGAAAAUUUUCACUGUUGUGCCCUCUGAUGGAAGUUUUAAGAUACAGAUAAAUACAGACAUGGAUUCCUCAUAUCAAAAACCCUCAUAGCAUUUUUUAAAGAAAAUUUAAGCUCUUCUUUACGACACUACAGCAAAAUGCUAAGAAGCAUAUUUUCGCAAUUGGGCAAACUUCAAAUUGAUUUUAGACCCAUGUUUUCUCCGGAAAAUUUUCUUAGA